CGCCGGGAAGGCGGCGGGCGGUCCGGCCCUUCGAGGCGGCGGGCGCUAUGGUGGGUGGCGAGGCGGCUGCCGCGGUUGAGGAGCUGGUCUCGGGGGUGCGGCAGGCGGCCGACUUCGCGGAGCAGUUCCGCUCCUACUCGGAGACCGAGAAGCAAUGGAAGGCCCGCAUGGAGUUCAUCCUGCGCCACCUGCCCGACUACCGCGACCCGCCAGACGGCGGCGGCCGCCUGGACCAGCUGCUGUCCCUCUCCAUGGUCUGGGCCAACCACCUCUUCCUGGGCUGCAGUUACAAUAAAGACCUUUUAGACAAGGUGAUGGAAAUGGCUGAUGGGAUUGAAGUGGAAGACCUGCCACAGUUUACUGCCAGAAGUGAAUUAAUGAAAAAGCAUCAAAGCUAAGGCAGAAGAUUUAUCACAUUUUCAUCAUCAACUGCAGGCUUAGAAAGGAGGCUGGGAUGAAUGUGACACAGAGCACGGUAUCUCUCUCAAGACGCCUGGUGUUACCAACAGAAAGGCAGGUGGAAUGAGGAGGAAUCUGUCUAGACAGGCUUUUUAAAAGUUACCAUUCUUCCAGUAGCUAUCACUGUAAAAGUAUGCAUGCGUAUUUAUGUAUUUAUAAAUCAUGCUGAGUUCAUCGACAUUGUAAAAGC